AUGGGAAAGAGUAAUCAAGUUAAACUGUUAAUGGCUCUUACCAAUGCAUCAGUAAAUUUAUUGGUCAACACAAAUGGAAAUGUACUGCGUAGUGAAGUCCUUGAUGCAAUCAAGAUGAGAUGUCAUUUGAGUGAUAUUUUAGAAUUAAGGCUUGGUCAAAAUGAUAAAGUGAUUUUUGAGAAUACUAAAAGGUCUUCUAUCAAGAGGAAGGACUAUUGA